AUUGUUGUGACUGCAUCUGCAGUGACCGAAGAUGGAACGAAAUUGAAGUUAACCAAUCCUACCAUAGUUCAUGAGACAGCAGACAGCAAUUGCAGUGUUGAAGAAAAUUUUGUUAUCCAGCCUGCCAAGUUCAUUGCAGAAGAUGCAUCUCAAAUGUUUUAUCAUGAGAUAAAUUAUCCGUGAGUUUAAUUUUAAGCCCAUUGUCUAUGGAUAUCUUUAAAUUUAUUUCGUUUGCUGAAACAUUCCACAGAAGUGACACAUUUGAUCCAUUACAUUCAAUUUCAAAAUAAAUUCUCAUGGAUUAUUUUUUCCUGAGAAUGUAUAAUUAAAAUCUUUCAACAUGAUGUAUUUAAAUGUACAUUAUGUGAUACAAAAUUUAUAUAAUUUCAGUGAAACUUUUCUCCACCUGUGCUUUAAAGUAAGACCAACAAAUCCAGCAUUAACAUACACAUUGUAUGCACGAAUGAAUAAGGAGCCUUCUGAUAUUACUUAUGAUCACAAGUUUGUACUAUGUGCCUCUGUACAUGUUAAAAUCUAUUAAUAAAGUUUUAAUAAAUUAUAACUUAAUUUCCUGGCUAAAAGAAAAUUCAAUAAAUAUAAAAUAUAUAGCUGAUUUCUAUAAGUGUUAAACGCAUCUAAACUACAGUUCGACUUAAUCUGUCUUUGUUCAAAAUUGAAAAAAAUAAUAAUAAUACAGGUGUUAGUUAGAAUUACGUUUCUGUCAAGUGGCUUAUUUUGCGCACGUUAUAAUUGGCUUCAAAUUUUAGGAAACCUUUAACCAAAGAAAUGCUGCAACCAUGCGGGGAAGUUUGUUUUCCUCCAGGAACAUUUACAAAAACUGGAACCCUAUACAUCGGAUUAAAACCUGAACUAGGUAAAUAGACAGCGGGCAGGGUUUAUUAAUUUUUAAAGAUUUAUUCAAAUAGGAAAAUUUAAAAAUGACUCUCAUCUGAAUCUUUACAGAGAAAUCUUUAUUAAUUUUUUAUAACAAAAGGUUCUUUUUCAUUUAGUACCAAAAUUUAAAGAAGAGAUUAUAUAUUAAAGUUGAAAUAUAUGCUCCAUGUUAUAUCCUAAUAAUAUGUUUAGUUUGCAGUCGUGUUCAGUAAGAACAUAAGAUGAAUACCUUUUAGUUUAAACGUUAAAUUCAUUGAAAAUUCACGGGAAAGUACCUUUAAAAGAAUCUAAGUUAAUGAGCGACUCGCUUUUGGAAUUGUAACUAAAAUAUGUUGCAUAAUCUAUGCGAAAAACCUUUCAGCAAUUGCAGGAUAUCCAACAAGCCAAACUACAGGAAGGAAAAGGAGAGAAGGUAACUUUUAUGGUCUUUUUAAAUGAUUGAAACCGUUUUACGAAAAUAUUUUCUAUUGUAAUAACGAGGUGUCAUAAAGUGUCCAGUUAAAGAAAUGAAUGAAAAUUUAAAAAGAAAAAGAAAUGUACUUGGAUUAUUAUUUUCGCACAUAAUGCUUUCAUGUGAUUAAAAUCUGAUACGAAAAUACCAUGUUUUACCCAGCAAAUGAUCAGACUCUGCAAUCGCCAUACCGUUUUGCUGCGACCAUAGCACAAUGCAUGGGUUUUAAUAAAAUACUGGGUGUUUGGGACACAAAUGUCUGCAAAGUAAGUUAACUCUUGUUAUGUUCACACAUGUACACAUACUCACCGACAGUCAAUUCUGCUUAAUUUGGCUAAAUUCGUUUAUGGAAACCAUUUACUUGGGAUUAAUUUAAUUAAUUUCAUCAUACAUACAAUAGUUAAUUGUAGAAAAUGUAGAUAUAGUGACACUGCUAAAUAUAUUUAGGGCAGAUUAUGACUGAUAGACAGCAGAUUUUGGAAUACGGAAAUAGACUACAGUUGUAACAUCCUUAAAAUUACUGCCAUUACUCAUUAGAAUUUUUUUUUAAAAUUUCAAACGUGAUGUACGUUAUUUUAUAUUUGUUGGUGUUAGUUUAGAUUGGUAGGGUUUUAUCACAAUAACGCAAUCCCUCAACCUCCUAUAGAUCUGGUUUAAAACAAAUUCUAGAUGAAAUUUGGUUACACAGCUCAUUCUCAAUGGAGCUUUUUGAAGUCAUUAAAUUUUUAACCCUCAGUAUGCUAAUAAUGAUUGCUGUUAAGUUAAAUUUUGCAUUUGAAACUCAUGAAUAGAUGGUGGAUAAUUAAAACUGAAUCUCAGCAAAACAAUAGUGUAUUUUACAGAAGUGCAACAAACUGAUGACAAUACUAACCCACUAUUUUAAUAUUGAUUACUGUAAAAAAAAAGUUGGCACUUUUAAACAGUUUAUAUCAUUUAUGGAGUUGAACUUGGAUUUUUAUUCACCAUUACAUAAUAUAAAUGUUGUAUCCACAGAUGACAAAAUCAAACGGAAGCACCGUAUGCACAUGUAAUGAUGACACAGAUAUCAUCAAUGGCUUAUCAUUCAAUUUUCUGCCCAACAAAAUUCACUUUGGCACAGUUUUCAGCAAGUUCGAUAUAAAAGGUCAAGGCCUUCUGAUCGGCGUGCUUCUUGGACUCUACUUGAUUUUCACCAUUAUUUGUUUGUGGGCUCAUUAUAAAGACAGAAAAGGGGUGCUGCAGGUACAGCCAUUGAGAUCUUUGAGAUGUCCCGUAAAAAUACCUUUGUAAAAUUCUGUACUUUCUUCAUCGUUCUAGUAUUAAAGUAAGAAACUCUGAAAAUAAAUUAUGUCCCCUUUGAGUUUCACGUCAGACUGAGAGUCAAUGUGAGCUUCCUGUUGUUACCUCGUGUCUAUGAAUGACCUUUCAAGUUUGGCUAAAAGUUGAAAUAAAAUCAACGCGAUAAAAGAGUAUGAGUAACAUUCGUUAGACACAAUUUUUCAAAUACAUGUUCAAAAAUACUAUUUCACGUGUUGUUGUUGUUGUUGUUGUUGUUUUCCCCAGUGGGGUGUUUUCCCCCUUGCAGACAACUAUGCUGAUGAUAAUUAUUACUACCUCGUGACGGUCC